AUGCCGCUGGUGUCACCAUCUCCAGCCUCAAACGCCGUGGUGGCCGGAGACCAAGAUGCCAGCACAUCACAGGUCCCAAGCCAGAGUGAGAAUAAAACUGGACCCAACGUCGGGACCCAAACCCUGCGGAAGCCCACCAUGUCGAAGGUGAUUCUGAGGGCUGUGGCUGACAAGGGGGUACACAGCCGUGUGUCCCUCGCUGCCCUGAAGAAAGCCGUGUCUAUCACGGGGUACAAUAUGGCCCAAAACACCUGGCGCUUCAAGCGUGUGCUCCAGAACCUGGUCAAGAAAGGCAUGCUCAGGCAGGUGACCGGCAAGGGCGCCUCCGGCUCUUUCCGCCUGGGCAAGAAGCAGGCCUUCAAAUCCAAGCGCCAGGCCAAGAGACGCCAGCGGAGGCAGAAGAGGGAGCAGCCUGCGCAGCGCCGGUCUGGAUCGCGCCGAUCACUACUAAGCUCCAAAAGGAGCAAUAACCAGCUUUUCAAAGGAGUUCGUAGGGUGGCUAAAGGCCGCCGCCAUUAA